ACAGCACUGUCAUAUCAGCUGUUUAUUGGAUGCUGAACUUUCCCAUUCAAAUUCGGUUUUUCAAUACUCCAGUGCCUGCAAAGCGCAAGACGGGCUUCUGCUGAGAACGAAACACAGUACCUGCUUUAAGUGUCUUAGCCCAUGGAUCCGGCGGAACAGGCGCCCGAGCCCGUGCCUGCGGCGGUGCUCAGCCUGACCAAUUGCCCGGGCACCACGCCCGGAACUCCACAGAGCAAGAACCAGCUGAAGAAGCAGCGAAAGCUUGCCGAGUACGCGGAGCUCCGCAAAUUGCGGCGCGAACGGGAGCGUGAGAAGAAGAAGCAGAAGCGCCGGGAGGCCAAGGAGCAGGGCCUGCCCAUCCGGUCGGGUCCUUCCCGCAAGGAGCUGAAGAAGCGGCAGGCCGCUGAGGGCGGACAGUCCGGGCUGUGCGUGGCCAUUGACUUGGACUACGACGAUCUGAUGCAGGAGCGGGACAUCGCCAAGUGCGUUAAGCAGUGCCUCCGGAUCUACACGAUCAACCGGCGCAGUGCGCAGCCCGGUAAGCUGCACUUCACGGGCAUCCGGCGGAAUGGACACAUCCACGAGUCGUUCAAGAAGAACGACGGCUGGGAAAACUGGCACGUGGAGUACCACUUCGACCGCGGGCACGCCGACGUAUUCGACCACAGCCAACUGGUGUACCUAACCUGCGAGUCGGACCGGGUUCUGGACAAGCUGCAUCCCGGCUGCACCUAUGUAAUCGGGGGCCUUGUGGACCACAAUCACUUUAAGGGUCUGUGCCACUCGAGAGCCACGGAGGCGGGCCUGGCCACCGCCCGCCUGCCGCUCAGCGAGCACGUGGACAUGAAGACCAGGGCAGUGCUCAGUACCUACCACGUCUUUGAGCUGCUGACCAAGGUGGCUGCUGGUCAGGAUUGGACCUCUGCCAUUUUAAAUACAAUACCCAUGCGUAAGGGAGCCAAAGCGAAAGGCUCCAACGGAAAGGAGCAGGAGGUGCAGCUUUCGGAGCAGGAUCAGGACCAAAAGAUAGAGCAGGCAGAGGAUAAACUGGAAGCCGCAUCAGAAACCGAAUACCAGCCGUUGACCAGUUGACAACAAUCGACACCGCAGUUCGAGGUCUUUUUGAUUUUUAUUUCAGUUUCUUUUGUUUUUACAAAAUCACAUUUAGUUUUGUUUCGCAAAUUAAAUUACAACUUAAAAUAUAUAGCGCAAAUAAUAAUUAGAAUACAAAAAAAAUGUGUUACUUCAUUUCAUGUUUCAGUUAUGUUUUACAACGUACGAUGAUGGCCAGCGACAAAAUUCGCCAGCAAAACGAUAGCGUCUUCUAAUUUCCAUAAAUUGGUUGUAUUUUGUUUAUAUGAUUUGUGCACGUCAUAUGGCGAAUGGGUUUCUAGAUAGCACCGAACCAGAUUUCUUCAUAUUUUCGUUUGUUUUCUUGAUUACAUUUUCUCGAUUUCUCGACUUCAUCAUCUGCUUAAGGCUUUUGAUUUGGAUUCAAAUUAAGUAGCUCAACGCCCUCACAGCGACAUCUUUAUAAACCAUACAUAUAGGCGAGUGUAUUUGAAGUAUACAUAUGUACAUGUUGCAGCAUGCCGUCGCUCAUUGUUGUUUCCGUUUUUGUCAGUGUACAAACACAAGAGGGCAAAUACAAACUAAGGUCAUAAAGUAAAAUAGUAAUAAGUGUCAGGAUCAUAAACACAAUAAUGUACAAAGCAAUAGAAACAAAACGAAAAAGGAAAACAUUUUUGGCUUAACUAUAGGGUAGUUUUGGGUGUUAAGUUUAGUAUAUAGGUAUGUAUAUAUAUAUAUAGCAGACCGAUCUCUAGUGUAUAGCACAGUAUAGCAAAA